AUGAAUUUAGCCAAUCAAAUUGUCACAGAAGGAACUAUUCCCGAGGAUUGGCGAAGAAUUAUAAUUAUCCCAGUAUACAAGGGGAAAGGUGAUCCUUUAGAUUGCGUGUCUUACAGAGCUAUUAAAUUCUUGGAACAUGCGAUGAAAGUAUUUGAGAGGGUGUUAGAGAAGCACGAUAUAAUUUUUGUGGUGAGACAGAUACAGGAAAAGUACUUUGCGAAGGAAAAGAAACUGUAUUAUGCGUUUGUUGAUUUGGAGAAAGCAUUUGACAGGGUGCCGCGUGAGGUUACUAGAUGGGCCUUGAGAAAAUCAGGUCUGGAGGAAUGGUUGGUUAUCGCAGUGAUGGUAAUGUAUGUGGGAGCACAAACAGCAGUAUUGACGGAUUAUGGUGAUAGUAAAAGCUUUGAGGUGAAGGUAGGACUUCAUCAAGUAUCCGUGCUGAGUCCAUUAUUAUUUAUCAUAGUAAUGGACGUGGUGGCUAGAGAAAUGGGUGAAGCGUGA